ACCUAAUUACCAAGUUGGAUUGCAGACAUAAUGACGCUUCCAUAGUCAAAUAUUGGGAGAAAAAACAUUGGAAAAGGAAGAGUUUGAACAGGAGAAUAAAGUACUUUAUUAAGGAUAACUAACUAGCUAGUAUUUUCUUGGCAAAAAAGUUGCUUAAAAGAUCAGAGACCCUAUUUUACUUUCUCACCAUUCAACAUUCACCAAUAAAAGAAGAUUUGAAGCCAUAAGAGUGGAAAUGAAUAGAUUAAAUGGCACAAGGAAUCUGGUAGGUAUGUUGGUCAAAAGAAAGAUGUAGAAAGCUGAGUGAAAGAUACUUUCAUCAGUAAUUCAAGAAGCAGCAGCAGCAACUAUUUUAUUCUAACCUGUCUGACAGCUCCAACCACGAAAUGGUUUUUCUUUAUUGUUUAAGGUCACUAAGAUUUCCUAAGAACUCAAGUUCCAUAAUCAACAAAGGUGAACAUAAAGUUUUAACAUCCUGUCUUGUCUCCAGCUGUUUCUGUAUUUCUUGAAUUACUGAUGAAAUGGAUAUCUGAAAGUUUUUACUCCAGGAAAAGAGAACACUAAAAGAAAAGGGAAUUUUUCACCUAAAUUCCAAAACAAUUCUUACCAUUCUCAAUAAACCAAAAGGGAAAGGAAGGCUCUACCAACUGAAUCUGAUUAAAAAAAAGAAAACAUAGUCUAUUCCCAACAAAAGUCAAAAAGAAAAGUAGAAAACAAAUCAACUCAGGUUUGGUUUCAUGCAUUUCAUAAUAGAAUAUACGUGUAGACUUGGUCUCUCCUAGACAAUUUUCAGAGUAAACCGCUCUCCUGGUGACAAUUGUCACCAUUUGGGAGCACCCUCUUCUUGUUCUUUUCUCCUUGUUUUCUUAGUGCUCCUCCUAAGGCCUCUCUCUCUCUCUGUCUAUGACUAUAAAUACGCUCAACAUCUUCCUAUCUGGUGCUGCACUCUCAAUACUACCUUUCUAGCACAACUAAACUAAACUAGACCUUGAUCCUAUAUUUGAAGUGGUUCAACUACGGGCAUAAUGGUCGAAUCAAAUCCACCUCUAUUAAACAAUUAUCUGCAGCAUUCCAACAAAAUUUCUGCUCCUGAUUGCAAUGAUGAGGAACGCAAGCUAGUUAUAAGAGAGUGCCAACUUCCCUUGAUAGACCUCAAUGCUCUAAACAGUCUAGACAAAAGCGAGAGGCAAGCUUGCUCCGAAGCCAUAUCUAAAGCUUCUUCAGAGUGGGGUUUCUUCCAACUAGUGAAUCAUGGAAUAAGUACCGAGCUCCUCAGGAAGAUGAGGAGAGAGCAAGCGAGAUUGUUUUUGACACCCUUUGAGAAGAAGGUUACUUGUGGGGUUCUAAAUAAUUCAUACAGGUGGGGAUCACCAACUGCUACUUGUCUCAAGCAGUUAUCCUGGUCUGAGGCUUUCCAUGUUCCCCUUGAUAAAGUUUCGGAACCAGCCUGCUACGGGGAGUUCACUUCUCUAAGGGAAGUGAUGAUAGAAUUUGCCACAGAAAUGUCAAAGCUUGCGAGGCUGCUUGCAGGUGUCUUGGCAGAAAACUUGGGUAGCCAAAGAGAGGAGUUUGACGAUAUUUGUCAUGAAAGUACUUGCUUUCUACGCCUGAACCACUACCCAGUUUGCCCUGUAUCACCAAAUAUUUCAGCAUUUGUGCCCCACACUGACAGUGAUUUCCUUACAAUCCUUUACCAAGAUCAAGUUGGUGGACUUCAACUGAUGAAAGACUGCAAAUGGGUGGCCGUAAAACCAAAUCAAGAUGCUCUUAUCGUCAACAUCGGAGAUCUUUUCCAGGCAUGGAGCAAUGACGUAUAUAAAAGUGUAGAGCACAGGGUUGUCGCCAACGAGAAGAUGGAAAGAUACUCAGUUGCUUACUUCCUAUGUCCUUCUUAUGAUUCAUUGAUUGGAAGUAGCAACGAACCUUCCAUAUAUAGAAAAUUUACUUUCGGCGAAUAUAGGAAACAAGUUCGAGAAGACGUCAAGAAAACUGGGCAUAAGGUUGGGCUACCAAGAUUUCAAAUUUUGACCACUGAGAAUCAUGCUCAAGAGCUUUGCUAAAACUAUAGAUGUUUUGAAGGAAAGAGUGGAUACAAAGAAGAAGAAAUACCAUUGCAAUUUGUGUAAUCAUACAAGAAAGCAUAGAGACAAUACAAUAGCUUGUAUAGAAAGUAAAAAAAUAAAAUAGGAAACAACUCACAUGCACAAGCCUCUUGCAGUGGGCGGGAUCAAAAACAAGCAAGCAGGUUGUAUGUAGAUCUCACCCCCCCAUAAUAUGUGAAGAGAUUGUUUCUAGGAAUUGAACUACUGACCUCUAGGUUCCACCCCUGCAAA